UUGAAAGCACGUUCACGUCCUAGAAACGCCAACAUGACUCCCAAUCCCUCCUCUGACGCGAUCCACUCGUAUGCACCAAGGCUAACGGUGGCCAAGAGAAAAGAAGCGAAUGAACUGAGAAAGACUCUUAAGCCGUUGAUGGAGAAGAGAAGGCGCGCACGCAUCAACGAGAGCCUCAACCAGUUGAAAAGUCUCAUUCUCCCGUUGAUCGGCAAAGAUAAUUGUCGGUACUCGAAGCUCGAGAAAGCUGAUAUUCUUGAGAUGACCGUAAGAUUUCUCAGAGAUAUCCCCGCUUCGCCAAUUAAAAAGCCAUCCGCCAGUUACAAAGAGGGCUACAAAGCAUGCCUUCAGCGUGUCUCCACCAUGCUCCCCAAAACCAACCUCCUCGACAAAGACACCUGCCAGCGUGUGAACGAGUACAUCCAGCAGUCGAUGUCGGCGGUCGAAGCGCCUGCCUGUCACAACUGCAGCGCCCAGAGCUCCCGCGCCUUUCCUCACGCUAACCAGCGAGUCCCGAGCUUCAAGUGCGCCGGGAGCUCCAGAAGCGAGACCCAUUCAAACAACAACGGCCUGCCUCUGAACAGACCGCAGCCGGUGCCACAGGCCCUCACUGCCAACAUGUGGCGACCAUGGUAGACUCAAGGACAAUUGAACCCCUCAUAAAUGUGAAGUAAUAUUGUAAUGUUGAUGUAUUUGUAAAUAUUGCUA